AUGAGAUUUUACCUGUAAUUUAUUAUUGCUUACUUUAUUGUAAAGUAACAUUUAUGCUUAGACAAUUAGUCUAUCAACAACAGUUUAGAUACAUAAAAUUGUCAUUUUUCUUGUAAUUCCUGCGUUUCUUCUUCUCCAUUUAUUUGUAUUGAAUGCUCAGAUGUGAGCAGAGGUUAUAAUGGAAUUCCUGGCUACAAAAAUACAUGCUACUGCUUAGGAGAUUAUUCAGAAUCUUAUCAGCCAUAAUGUGAUCCUUAAGAUAAAACAAAUCAAGCUUUAGAUGUAUUUAAUACAAUAUUUUUGUGGGCAAUAUUUCCUGCUUCAAUAUUAACUAGCGCUUUUGGAAAUCAAUUUCUUGGCAUGAAUAGCAUAGAUUUUAUUUAAACUCUGGGUUAUUCAUAUUACAUAAGUUAUCCUCUACCUGACACAAUGCACAAUACUUUAUAUUAACUGCGAUACUAUUCAUUUGUUAACUUAAACAAUAUAAUGAGAUCAGCAUUUUUGACUAAUUAUAACAUCACUUAAACAUAGUAAUAAUAAUAUGUCAUAAUCGAUUAAUAACAAAUUAAUGAACCAAUUUACACUUAUUACGAAUUACCAUCAAAUUUUAUUUAUAAUGGAACUAUUCACUUUAUCGUUUUAUUUUCAAUUAAUGCAGUAUUUGGUUUGGUAUUAUUGCUUUAUUAUAAUUUUCCUCAGCAAAAAUAUAGCUUUUUAUAUAAGACUUAUUCUGCUAGAAAGACAUUCAUACUCAGAGUCUACUAAUUUUUUGCAGGAGAUUUAUUUUUAUUGGCAGCAAUUUAAUGUACUAAUAUAGUUUUCACUACACCAUUAGCCAGUACUGGAUUUAUCCUUGCUGUAAUUACGUUUUUGUUUUUAUGGCUUGGAUUUGCUUUCGCAUUUUACUUGAUAAAUAUGAGUAAGGCUAAAUUCGAGGAUAAAGAAAAUUAAGUACUCUUUAAUAAAUUAAAGAAAAAUGACAAAAUAAACAGAAAUUUCUAUCUAAUUUAAAUUAUUAACAAAUACUUAGUAGUGCUAUUUACUGUUAUCUUUAUAGGAACAUAUGGUGCUUAAAUCAUCUCGGUUGCAAUAAUUUAAAUAAUGUUUGCAUUACUGGUAAUGCUAAAAAUUAAACUGAAGAAAAAAAGACUUCAAAUAUAUUUAAUAUUGGUAAAUUUAUCAAAAAUAAUAGUAAAUUGCUUCUUGCUUAUGUUUGCUUUAUCGUCAGCGAGUUAAAUGAUCAUAGCAGGAUGGUUAUUUAAAGUAGCAAUUCUUUUUAUUUUAAUUAUAAUAGUAAUAUUUCUUGGUAUCGAAAUCACCUCUUAGAUGCCUGAAAUAGCUACUUUCCUCCGUUAAUUAAAGUGCUGCUUCCACUAAAACUAUAUUGGUGGUUCUUCUGAAUAAGAAUUAUAGUAUUAAAAUUAUAACUCCUAUUCUUAAUCUGAAAAGAACACUGUGUAUGGAAUCUUUAAUAACAACCAAACUUAUGAAAGAAUUGUUAAUGAGUAUCUCGACUAAUAUAAAUUUGAGAUGCCUGAAGAAGAUGAAGAUAGUUUGUUAAAAGAUAAUGAAAAUCCAGAAAAUGUUGAAAUAGAUCUAAAUAAUCAUCCUUAAUAAAACUAAAAUUAAAAUUAAGAAUAAAACUAAGAUUCUUUUCAAAACGAAUUCGAUCCUGAAGAGUACAUGAGGAGAAACGAAGAUUGA